AUGGAGCACUUGUCACACGAGAGACAAGAACAUAAAGUCGAUAAAAUUUUAUAUGCCAGUACCGAUGAAAAGUCACAACCUGUUUUUAAAACAAACCAAAAAUACACAAAUAAGUCGAAGAAUAAGGCGCCGGCUGAACUGCCUAAUAAUGUUCCUUUCAAUCCAUAUAAAGCGACUGAUAUCUUACACAAGGGGCAGAAUAAAAGGAGACUUCCUGCUAGAGAUCCAAGAUUCAGUGACUUUUCAGGUGUUAUGGACCUAGAUGCAUUCAGGAAAUCGUAUAAAUUUUUGGAUGAAAUGAGGAAGGAUGAAACAAAAAAGAUAAAAAAUGCGAUUAUGCUUCAUGAAAAGUAUCCUGAGACGGCAGCAAAAGCAAAUAAUGCCUUGAAGAUGUUAUCGCAUUUAAACAUCGCAAGUAUACAAGAUGCUAAGCGUAUGCUCAAUAAAUAUGAAGCUGAAAAUGUGCAACUUGAAAAGACCGAAGAAAUAAAGGCACUGAAAAGGAAGUUGAUUAGCGAGGAAAAAGAAAGGAUUGCUUCAACAGGAAAAAUCCCGUAUUAUUUCCCAGACAAAAAGGUUAAGAAGAUGUACAAGGAGAUUCAAAAAAAGAAAAUUAAGGAAGCGGUGGCAUCAGCAUCGAUCAAUCAUGGUCCGGCCAGAGCUAUACACAAAAAACUCGCAGCUAAAAGUAGGCGAAAAUUACCAAAGGAACGCAAAUCGAAUAUAAUACCCACCCAUAGAACCGAACACGCGCAAUAG